AUGGCCAAGUGGAUGUCCUCCAAAGGCGCCCGGAACAUCGUCCUGGUUUCUCGAAGCGCCUCGGUCAGCGAACAGGUUCAGGCCUUGAUUGAUGAGCUGUCUUUCAAUGGCACACACGUUACCGUCAAGCCAUGCGAUGUGAGUAGCAAGCAGUCAGUCGAGAAUCUCGUCAAGGAAGAGAUGAAAUAUCUCCCGCCAGUUCGUGGUGUUGUUCACGGUGCAAUGGUUCUUCGAGAUGUCCUCUUCGAGAAGAUGACCGUGGAUGACUUCCAGUCAGUCAUUACCAGCAAAGUCGAUGGUGCCUGGAACUUACAUGAGGUCCUUGCCGACUGCCCUCUCGACUUCUUUGUGGCCCUCUCCUCAGUCGCUGGUGUCAUCGGUAACCGCGGUCAAGCCGCGUAUGCCGCAGCAAACGUCUUCCUCGACGGGUUCAUGGAGUACCGACGCUCACUGGGCCUUCCCGGUACAUCCAUCGAUCUGACCGCCGUCCGGGACGUCGGUUAUCUCGCCGAGGUCGACAGUAAGCGACAACAAGAAGUGCUCAAGAACAUUGGUACAGAUGGCAUGGACGAGGCAGAGGUACUCGCACUACUCGCCGCUGCGAUCACGGGAGACCUUGCAGACACUUGCUCAAGCCAAUUAAUCGUUGGCCUCGAGCUGAGCACACUAGACCACUUCUGGGCGCAGGACGCCAAGUUCAGUGUUCUCUACGAGGCCGCGAAGACAGCGCUUGGCUCAGGAUCCGCAGCAGGAAGUGGCCCAUCUGCACCGCUGAACGUGCUUCUUGCCAAUGCAGGCUCCAAGGAGGAGGCACUGCGCAUUUGUUAUGAAGCUCUCGCGGCCAAACUGGCACAAGUGCUGGUGAUUUCGCUAGAGGACAUGGAUCCAUCGAUCACGGUUGCAUCGCUGGGUCUGGACUCACUGGUAGCGAUUGAGAUCCGUAAUUGGAUUGCGCGCGAGGCGAAUGCGAACGUGCAGGUGUUGGAGUUGUUGUCGAGCGGAUCAUUGAUGGCGCUUGCCGAGAUUAUCUUGAACAAGUCGCAGAUUUGA